ACAACCAUCCAUCCACUGCCACACAACUUGUCUCUUCUUAGAUUCAAAUUCCUCUGCCCCUCCCCCCUCCCUCCUCUGCUCUCUCAUAAUCAUUGUCCCGACCCGACGCCUACGGCGAGGAGGAGAUUUCAUUUCCUCAAUUCUUCCUAUUUUUCUCCAUUGAUAUGGGUCUCUUUUUCUCCAGGAACAUCGCCAAGUUUCUCCUCUCUUCCUUCUUCUCUUCCCAGAAAUUCCCUUCUCAGAUCGAAAACGUCGUCUCUGUCGUCUCCGCUCGUACUGGACGUCAUCGGCAGCGCUACAAUCAAGAGUAUCGCCUUGUUGUCGGAUGCAUUCCUUAUCGAUAUAAAGAUGCUCUGAAAUCGUUUUCGGUUGAUAAUAUUGAAGUUCUUGGGAUUAGUUCACAGAAAGGACAAGCGAUGAUGUUUCCGAAGGGCGGUUGGGAGAACGACGAAUCGAUGGAGACUGCGGCUUUGAGAGAGACAUUGGAGGAAGCUGGUGUGGUUGGCAACAUCGAAAAAAGAUUGGGCAAAUGGUAUUACAAGAGCAAGAACCAAGCGACGAUGCAUGAAGCCUACAUGUUCCCGCUGCAGGUCACCAAACUACUGGAAAAUUGGCCGGAGAAAGAUUUCCGGAGGCGGGAAUGGAUGAGCGUGGAGAAAGCCAGAGAGGUUUGCCCUCAAUGGAUGAAAGAGGCUUUAGAUUUAUUGAUUAGUCAACGAACAGAACUUGAGAGCUUGGAUGAAGAAGGAACCCCCUGUUCAUAAACGUAGUAGUAGUUGUAGUCUUAGUGGUGGUCUAUUUCUUGGGAAGAUCGGGGGAUCGUUAAGCCAUGUUUGAAACGACUUUUUAAGUGAUUAUUUUAGAAAGUCGUUCUAAAUCCGUCGUCAUUGAGGCAUAAAAAAGGGUCGGGAUCGAAGAAGGCGAGAAGUAAUUGUGAUUGCUUUGCUUGUUUAAGUGUCCUUCACGGGGAUAAUGCCGCGCGUGGAAAUAGAUCAUCUUGUAAAUCACCCAAUUCUUUCAUUCAAUUUAAAUCAUUCUUUCUUAUCA